AGCUCGUGUUUAUGUCUGGUCAAACGAGGUGUUCGUUCACAGGUGCAUCUGUCCUCCGCGAAUUGUAUUCCGAUUUUCACUCGAAGGGACGUCAUGGAAAUUCAUCGAUCGAUAAGGAAUGAUCAAUGGUGCUGAUGAUCGUUGGACUGGAUCUUAGGUCGCGAAAUCAUGCGGUGCAUCACUAUUGAUUUUAGACCGAAUCGAUCGGCGCGAAUCGGUUGUAUUCUUCUGGUGAUUGUUUAUUUAUCGGAUCAGACGUUCGCAUUUAGCAAUUCGACGUUUGUUGAACGAUGUCGAGCGGAUUGCAGCUUCCACAAGGAUUUCAUUAGUUGCGGGAAAUUCAGGGUCGUUAUGUGGCUGCACGAUACUGUGAGGAAUAAGGAGUUCACUUAUGGCCCGGUUCGUAUAAUAAGAAUACCGUCCAUAUCGAGCCAGUCGAUUCUACCGAAGUUACCUCAGUCUCGGGUGUUCAAAACCAACGCGAUCGAGGCCUUGAACUUCGUCAGGGACCUUGUCGAGGACUUGCUGACGAAACGUGCUCUGGUUUACACCAUUGACAAUUCCGUGACGGGCAGGAAUUUUGGUAGCAUGCCCAUGAUCAUGGACGAGGAUGAACUGGUUCAGAUACAAAGCAGAAAAGAAUCAGCGGACGAGUGGAGGCUCUUCAAAAAGAAGAAAUCCGUGAUUCUCCCAAUUCUGAUUCUGCUGAAUCUUCUGAAGCUGAAGCUGUUGCUUCUGCCUAUAUUCUUAGGAGUGCACUUCAUCAAGAAGCUGUUGUUGCUCGCUUCGGUGGUCGCUCCGUCUGUUUUCUCGCAUCUGAAGAUCUGCAAGGUCCCUCAACACCCACAGCACCCUUAUCAGACAUGGGCCACCGCUGCCGAGGCUCCUGUUGAUUAUCCAACAGGAUACGGUCACGAGGACGCGUGGGCGCAUAGGAACGAUGUAGCUUACGGUUACUAUGGCUUCCGUAAUCCCUACGGAUGAAGCUUAGGAAACUUUUAGCUAAUCGUCGAGCAAGCUUCUCGUUCGUCGCUGCGAGUAUCCUGGACGGAAUCGUCGCGGACGAAUCUUCGAGUUGACGAACGAUGACCCUGCUCCGUGUAUUCUUUCUUCGGCUAGCAACUUUCGACUGCGUGUUCUCCAAGUGCCAAUCGUUUCCUCCUCGCGGCUAAUCAUCUUUAUUUGCUCCUAAACACCCUUUACCGACCGGCGACAGACGAGCAGGGAGAGAGAGAGACUGUCUUUAACGAAGCGAUUAUCGAGGCGUGUUCGUUGUCGCGAAAAAUCCAUGAGACUUUCACACUGUUUGCGUACCGUUAGCGAUCAGCGAGCUACGCUUUCAAAAGUCACGGAUUAAGUCACGAACACGCCUUACGAUAAAAGAAAACGCCACGAAUCAGCUCGAUAACCGCACGCGAGCAUUCAGAUAUCGAAAUGCACGUUAGGUACCGUAAAUCCGUUGUUACGAGAACGGAUUUUCGUGGUAUCGGAGCAGCUCGCGUGAUGUCAACGCCGUUUACUUCCUGGAUCGUAACGGAUACGUAUGCUCAAGUAUGUGGUGACUGGCCGUUUGUUCUAGGAUUUAUUUUCGAUAUGCUGGUACAGCGAUUGUGAUAGUAAAUAAAAAAGGUGCUCGAGUUGUUUGAGGUGAAGGAAGAUCCUUGAAGAUUACUUAGGCAAUAUACGGUACGCGUUACUGUAA